UUCCAAGUUUCUGAAAGGUCACCGCUUCGUAAGGGUGUGUUACGGCUGUAUAUAGAUAACAAAUUAGUCCAAAAGAAUAUGUGCAUUAAUUUGGGUAUUUGAUGUUGAACUGCUGUUUGGCGAGUGUUUAAACGUGUGAGAGGUAUUAGGAAAACACAACAGGGACAUUCUAGACGGGCUAGAAAAUAUAUUGUUUAAACCGUUCACUGGAAAUUCAAAAUAAUCCGAGAAAUCUAUGAGCUGUGUAUUUAGUAAUCUAGAGAAAUAACGUUUUAGGUUUAAACUAGCUGACGCAAGAAUUGCAACGACACGUUUUCAACAAGCAUUGUUUUACAUGGAAAUACAUCAAUAAAUCAAUUCAAUACCUGUCACCACUUUCUUGGAUUUUCAUUGUGAUUGUAUUAAGAAAAGUGUUACCUUAUUUGGGACAAAGAAAUUUGUGUCAAGAAGUUAAGUAGAAAAGUUAGUGUAUUUGUGCUCUGUCCAAUAAGACAAAGGUUUCUCAAAAUGACCAGUGUGUUAAUACUUUGUAUCGGGAUCUACAUCUGGAGCGCUAUGAUGUUCUUUGUAACUGGUCAGUGUCCUACAGGCUGUAGUGAAUGUCUGCCAGGAAGUACUGCAGUCUGUGGGUCAGUGUGUCCAAAUAAAAUCAGUUUACCAACAGAUAUUACAACUUACGUUCAAAAAGGAAAUGGUACUUGUGAAACAUCAGGAAGACCAUGGGUACUUCGAACUGACAAUUUUAUCAAUUACACCAAGCUGGAAAAUAUAAGUAUUACCUAUUCCAAUGUGGCUGCCAUACACUCAAUACAGCCUCCGUUCAGGCAUUUGACAAAUUUAAGAGUUCUUUCGUUAGCACACAAUAUGUUCAGGGGUUUCGGCAAAACUUUAUUAGGACUGACCAAAUUAGAAGAACUGGACUUAAGUUAUAACUUGAUGGGAGCGUUGUUAAAUAAAUCAAUGGAAACAUUAACAUCAUUACACACUUUGAACCUGGAUCACAACCGCCUGAGUCAAUUAAAUAAAGAAACAUUUCAAGGACUUGUAAGUCUCCAAACAUUGAUUCUGUCUAACAACCCUCUCGUCUCAUUGGAUCCAGAUUUAUUUCAGCCACUGACUAAUAUUGAAAACAUUUAUUUGAAUAAUGUCAACAUCCAAACUAUACCAUCCGGUUUAGUAACUCAUCUGACAGCUCUCAGAAACCUUGAUCUUUCCAACAAUUCUCUAUCGACUCUAGGUGAUGACAGUUUUGAUGGGACAUCUCUAGAUAAUUUAGAUCUAUCCUCUAAUCAACUGACAUCAGUUCCAACAGCAGCCAUGAAGCGAUGCAACAAACAACCCACACAACUUUUACUGGCCCACAACCAAAUUUCAAGUCUUUCUAACUCUGACAUCAAAGAUUUCACAAUAGAAACUUUAGAUCUUAGUCACAAUCAAAUCAGUCAGAUUCCAAGAGACUUGUUUCAAAAUGUUAAAAUCACUAAUAUAUAUCUCAACGGUAAUCCUAUAAAUACGAUUGAGAAAAAUACAUUUGAUGGCCUCCAAUUGUCCAGUCUUGACCUUAGCAACACUAGACUAGUGUCUCUGCCCAGUUCAACAGAGGCCUGGCUGAAAAAUACAUCGGCCAAAGUCAAUCUCAACAACACUAACUGGCAAUGUGACUGCGACACUCUUUGGUUGGCCGAACUCUUGACCACUCACACAAACAUUGUCUCACCGACAUGUGGAGUCAGCACCAAGUAUUCUGGUCAACUUUUGUCCACUGCAACAAAUCAGAUAAGAACAGACUGUAUAACUACUACAACACAAUCAACAACAACGAUCAGUCAUUGUCCAGCCAACUGUUCACAGUGUGAUCCUGGAGGUACUGCAGUAUGUAGUACAAUUUGUGUAUCUAAAGCCAAUAUACCAAAGGACAUAACAACAUACAUACAAACAGGAAGUGGUACAUGUAAUGGAGUAGGCAAAUCUUGGAUACUUCGAACAGAACAUUUUAUCAAUUACACAAAACUUGAAAAUAUCAGUCUCACUAACGCUAAUGUGGCCAACUUUCACCCAAGAGAUCAUCCUUUUGAACAUUUAGGAAACAUUUUAAAAUCUUUGUCACUUGCUCAUAAUAGAAUUAUAACGUAUGGAAGAAAUUUAGAAAAUUUAACCAAGUUAGAAGAAUUGGAUCUAAGUUAUAACUCCAUUGGGGCAAUGUUAAACAAUUCAUUGUCAAAUCUUAGUCUAUUAAAAACUCUUAUCUUUGAACACAAUCAAAUUAAACAUUUAUAUAAGGAAACCUUCACUGGACUAGCCAGCUUACAAACACUUGUAUUGUCACACAAUCCUCUAGAAUCUAUUGACAAAGACACAUUUAAGCCGCUGACCAAAAUUGAAACUGUGAAAUUAGAAGAUGUACAAAUGAAUGACAUUGAUCCAAAUUGGUUCGCUCAACACAAGACAUUGAGGAAUAUUGAUCUUUCACACAAUUUCCUCAAGUCAAUUGAUGAGAGAAGUUUUCUGAGGACGUUUUUAGAAGACCUUGACUUGUCUUACAAUAAUCUGACGUCAGUACCUACAGCAGCAAUCAAACUAUGUACUAAGCAACCAACAAGACUUUCAUUAGCCAACAAUCAAAUUCCAAAUAUUUCCAACGCUGAUAUCGUUGACUUUACUGUGGAAACUUUAGAUCUUAGUGACAAUCAAAUCAAUCAGAUUCCAAAGGAUGUGUUUACAAAUGUAAAAAUAGAAAGUGUUAAUUUAAGUGGUAAUCCGAUUGAUAAAAUAGAAGACGGCACAUUUGAUGGACUCCAGCUGUUGAACCUUGACCUUAGCAACACUAGACUCGUGUCUUUACCUAGAUCAACAGAAAAGUCGUUGUCCACUACAUCCACCAGAAUCAAUAUCAACAACACUAACUGGCAAUGUGACUGUGACACUCUUUGGUUGGCAGAGCUCUUGACCACUCACACAAACAUAGUCUCACCGACAUGUGGAGUCAGCACCAAGUAUUCUGGUCAACUUUUAUCUAAUGCAACAAAUCAGAUAAGAACAGACUGUAUAACUACUACAACACAAUCAACAACAACGAUCGGUCAUUGUCCAGCCAACUGUACACAGUGUGAUCCUGGAGGUACUGCAGUAUGUGGUACAAUUUGUGUAUCUAAAGCCAAUAUACCAAAGGACAUAACAACGUAUAUACAAACAGGAAGUGGUACAUGUAAUGGAGUAGGCAAAUCUUGGAUACUUCGAACAGAAAAUUUUAUCAAUUACACAAAACUUGAAAAUAUCAGUCUCACUAACGCUAAUGUGGCCAACUUUCACCCAAGAGAUCAUCCUUUUGAACAUUUAGGAAACAUUUUAAAAUCUUUGUCACUUGCUCAUAAUAGAAUUAUAACGUAUGGAAGAAAUUUAGAAAAUUUAACCAAGUUAGAAGAAUUGGAUCUAAGUUAUAACUCCAUUGGGGCAAUGUUAAACAAUUCAUUGUCAAAUCUUAGUCUAUUAAAAACUCUUAUCUUUGAACACAAUCAAAUUAAACAUUUAUAUAAGGAAACCUUCACUGGACUAGCCAGCUUACAAACACUUGUAUUGUCACACAAUCCUCUAGAAUCUAUUGACAAAGACACAUUUAAGCCGCUGACCAAAAUUGAAACUGUGAAAUUAGAAGAUGUACAAAUGAAUGACAUUGAUCCAAAUUGGUUCGCUCAACACAAGACAUUGAGGAAUAUUGAUCUUUCACACAAUUUCCUCAAGUCAAUUGAUGAGAAAAGUUUUCUGAGAACGUUUUUAGAAGACCUUGACUUGUCUUACAAUAAUCUGACGUCAGUACCUACUGCAGCAAUCAAACGAUGUACUAAGCAACCAACAAGACUUUCAUUAGCCCACAAUCAAAUUCCAAAUAUUUCCAACGCUGAUAUCGUUGACUUUACUGUGGAAACUUUAGAUCUUAGUGACAAUCAAAUAAAUCAGAUUCCAAAGGAUCUAUUUCAAAAUGUACUUAUAGAAAGUAUCAAUCUAAGCGGUAAUCCGAUUGAUAAAAUAGAAGACGGCACAUUUGAUGGACUCCAGCUGUUGAACCUUGACCUUAGCAACACUAGACUCGUGUCUUUACCUAGAUCAACGGAAAAGUCGUUGGCCACUACAUCCACCAGAAUCAAUCUCAAAAACACUAACUGGCAAUGUGACUGUGACACUCUUUGGUUGGCCGAGCUCUUGACCACUCACACGAACAUAGUCUCACCGACAUGUGGAGUUAACACUCAAUACUCUGGUCGGCUCUUGUCCACUGCAACAAAUCAGAUAAGAACAGACUGUAUAACUACUACAACACAAUCAACAACAACGAUCAGUCAUUGUCCAGUCAACUGUACACAGUGCGAUCCUGGAGGUACUGCAGUAUGUAGUACAAUUUGUGUAUCUAAAGCCAAUAUACCAAAGGACAUAACAACAUACAUACAAACAGGAAGUGGUACAUGUAAUGGAGUAGGCAAAUCUUGGAUACUUCGAACAGAAAAUUUUAUCAAUUACACAAAACUUGAAAAUAUCAGUCUCACUAACGCUAAUGUGGCCAACUUUCACCCAAGAGAUCAUCCUUUUGAACAUUUAGGAAACAUUUUAAAAUCUUUGUCACUUGCUCAUAAUAGAAUUAUAACGUAUGGAAGAAAUUUAGAAAAUUUAACCAAGUUAGAAGAAUUGGAUCUAAGUUAUAACUCUAUUGGGGCAAUGUUAAACAAUUCAUUGUCAAAUCUUAGUCUAUUAAAAACUCUUAUCUUUGAACACAAUCAAAUUAAACAUUUAUAUAAGGAAACCUUCACUGGACUAGCCAGCUUACAAACACUUGUAUUGUCACACAAUCCUCUAGAAUCUAUUGACAAAGACACAUUUAAGCCGCUGACCAAAAUUGAAACUGUGAAAUUAGAAGAUGUACAAAUGAAUGAUAUUGAUCCAAAUUGGUUCGCUCAACACAAGACAUUGAGGAAUAUUGAUCUUUCACACAAUUUACUUAAAUCAAUUGAUGAGAAAAGUUUUCUGAGGACGUUUUUAGAAGACCUGGACUUGUCUUACAAUAAUCUGACGUCUGUUCCUACAGCAGCAAUCAAACGAUGUACUAAGCAACCAACAAGACUUUCAUUAGCCCACAAUCAAAUUCCAAAUAUUUCCAACGCUGAUAUCGUUGACUUUACUGUGGAAACUUUAGAUCUUAGUGACAAUCAAAUCAAUCAGAUUCCAAAGGAUCUAUUUCAAAAUGUACUAAUAGAAAGUGUCAAUCUAAGCGGUAAUCCGAUUGAUAAAAUAGAAGACGGCACAUUUGAUGGACUUCAGCUGUUGAACCUUGACCUUAGCAACACCAGACUCGUGUCUUUACCUAGAUCAACAGAAAAGUCGUUGUCCACUACAUCCACCAGAAUCAAUCUCAACAACACUAACUGGCAAUGUGACUGCGACACUCUUUGGUUGGCAGAGCUCUUGACCACUCACACAAACAUAGUCUCACCGACAUGUGGAGUUAACACUCAAUACUCUGGUCAGCUCUUCUCCACUGCAGCAAGUCAGUUGAAAAACGAUUGCAAUAGAACAUCGACAACUUCUACAACCACAACAACGACAACUUCAACAACCGCAACAACUACAACGUCUACAACUGUAACAGCGACAUCUACCACUCCCGGAAUAACGACAUCGUCUACAACCGCAACAACUUCAAUAACAACGCCAAAAAAGACAAUAACGAAGCCGCCAAAAGUCUGGACGACAAUACCAAAAAAUAAAACAAAGCCCAAAGCUUGGACAACGUUGUUAACAUCAACAACGACCACUACCACGCCUACAACCACUACUUCGCCUACAACCACUACCACGCCUACAACCACAUCCACGCCUACAACCACAUCCACGCCUACAACCACUACCACGCCUACAACGACAUCCACUUCACCUUCAACGAUUACUCAGCCAAAUAAUAAAACAGUGACGCCCAAAAUAAAAACAACCACGCUAAGAAACAAAGAAACAAAACCAUUGCACAGCAGCACAACUCAAACUACAACAAGGCCGCCUAGAAUUACUAAAGUCAAAAGUUUAACAACUACAGGAAAGUACAACAGAACUAAGCCCAUGUGGACGACGCCAACCACCACAGUGACGACGCCAUGUGCAGCAUCGACAACACUAUCAACCACAUUGACGACGCAAAGAACAAUAUCUCCGAAGCUAAGUACCCCAACGACGACGACAACAACUACUUCCACAACGCCUUCAAUUACCACAACUUUGCCAUUCACUGUACCAAAUAAUAAAACGGGGACCCCCAAAAUUAAAACAACAACGCUAAGACACAAAGAAACGAAACCGACAACCAGCACGAUUCUGACCACAACCCAAAGACUGCCUAGAAUAACUAAAGUCAAAAUUUUAACAACUACAAGAAAAUACAACAGAACGAAACCAUCGAUGACGACACUAAACACUACAGCGACGACGCAAAACAUCACAUCAUCAGUCAGUACAGCAACGACGCCAACCACAACAAUGACUAUCUUAUCCGCCGCAUCGACUACAACGACAACAGACUCAACAACGAUAUUGACGAAAGUAACUGUAACGCCUAGAAUAAAAACAACUACUCCUAAAUCCAAGAUGACCAAACCCACAACGACGACCAUUGCGGUUACUACGACAGCAAGAUUACCAAGAACUAAGAUAACAAGGUCCAAAAACUUAACAACCACGUCGAAAUACAGCAGAACUAAACCGACAGUAACGAAUACGACUCCAACAACAUCUACACCUUUGAAAACAACAACAUCGACAUUAACCAAUGCAACAUCUACACAAAAAGCUACAACGUUGACUCCAGCUACAACAUCAACGACCACAUCUACAUCGGUAGCAAAGGCAACAGCGACAAUGAAAAUAAAGACAACUUCACUAAAAUCUAAGACAAAGUCCAUCGCAACAACUGCAUUGCCUACCACAGUGAGAUCGUCGAGAAUAACUAAGUAUAAACUAUUAACUACAAAAUACAGCAAGACCAAGCCAACCUACACCUUUACUACAACAGCAGCAGCAACAACUCCAACGACCACAACAACCAUGCCAACGACUACAACACCGUCAAUAACAAAACCAACGGCGACGAUGAAAAUUAAAACAACUUCACAAAAAUCCAAGACGAAGCCCACAACUACAACAGCAUUGCCAACCACAAUGAGAACGCCAAAAAUAACCAAGUUUAAAUUGUUGACAACAUCAACAAAAUCCAGCAAUACUAAACCAACAUACACUUUCACCACAACGGUAGCAAAGACGACACCAAUGACCACAACGACAGCACCAACAACCACAUUAAAAACGUUAACCAAAACAACAGCAACGCCCAAAUCAAAAACAACGACGCUCAGGUCCAAGUGGACGAAGACAACAACACCAAGAGCCAAAGUCACAAAGGCUAAAAGUAUAACAACGACGCCAAAAAACAAAAUGAGUCUAACAACAUCGACCACACUCACCAACCAUACAUCGACACAAGCCAUCGCCUCAUCAACCUCAGUGGCACUACCACCAACAACAACGACAAUUACGAACACCCCAACUACAGCAGAAACAACAACAACAACGUCGACUCUGGCGACUGCACCAAAGUCAACAACAACGACGGCCCCAUUAACAGCACCAGCUACCCCAACAGCAACGAUGAAAACCAAAGUAACAAAAUACAAAGCAGAAACGACGACGCACAAAUUCAAAAUAACAAAAAAUUUUACCAAAUCAAUAAUACCACAAACACCAACCACAACUAUGACAACCACAAUGAUAAGCACAACCACAGCCGCAGAUACAACUAAAUCAUCAGCAACGUCAUCGACAUCUUCUCCAUCCACACAAUCUUCAACUCAGCCGCCUUCGUAUGCAGCGGCCUCGAAGGGAAACUCAACAGAUUACAUUCCCUUGGUGCUGAUAGGUCUAGCGGCUACCGUGAUGCUCUGUCUAACAGUGGUGGGUACAGUCGUCACACACUACAUGUGCGUGAAAAAAGCUCAGCAGCAAAACGAAGUAAAUGUACAGCCCUCGUCGAUCAUCCCUGCCUGGUAUCCUCGAUAUUACUGAGACGCAGGUAUAUUCUACCAAGAUACAAGAGAACAAUGAGACACUAAGAUAUUAUAGACAGCCAGACACACGCAGUCUGCUACAAACUAGACGUGCGCCUCUGAUGUUCAAACACGAACAACAAACAAAAACAAAAACGUUUGGUGUAUCCUUGAGUCAACAAGUGUGUGUUCACUUUAGUUCUAACUAACUCCAGCAGGACCAAGUCAAAAAUUUAGGAAAUGCUCGGAAUGUCCAAUAGCUAUUGACUUAAUACUUUUGGCUAUUCACUUUUUUUUUUUCAAGACACACAAAAGUAGCAACAAAUAAGGUAAACAAUGAACAGGACUGACUGCUUCGCCCAGUACUUACAGCACAAGACUUUAAACAUUUAAAGCUGAUAAAACUAGGGAUGAUUUCAACUUGUGUGCAGACUCCCAGCAUAAGAAUACGGCAUCGCCAACGGUACCAGAAAAAAAGCAAACAACUACCAAACUACAAUCAACAUUAGCUUAAUGGGAAAUGACUAUAUAUAAUUUACCAUUUCAAUGUUCUGUUUUUAUCUUUCAUUUUUAUUGUUUUUAUUAAUGUUCUGCUUGACGCAAGGGACACAACUACAAGUGAAUAAUAAUUCCUCUGUAUAGAGCAGUAACCAGUGACAGCAUAAAGACUUGCUAGACUUAAAUCUAUAAAAAGAUCAGAUAAAAUACUGCUAAUUGUUUUUUUUUUUUAAUUUAAUUUUUAAAGAUUUUCCAGACAUAUUUAUUUGUUUUCAUUCAUGUUCUGCAGAACAUAAGGGACACAACUACAGCUGAAUUAUUUCUUGGCAAACCAAGAACUACAACCAGUGACAGCAAACAGACUUGCAUGUCUCGGCGCUAUAAGAAGAUCACAAUAACCAAUCACAUACUCCACAAUUACUUGUAAUACAUGAACACUUAAAAUUAGUCCAAUAUCUAUAAGUAACUGCGUACCAAACAGCCGUGUUUUCUACCAAAGAAAGAUAUUUGCCUGUAUAUUUACACAUUGAUAGUCAAUUUGCCCAUGUAAAAAUACCUACAAUCAUGAAAAAUCAGCUUCAAUAUGAAGCAUUUAAAAAGAAAAAAAUUCGUAUGUAAGCUUAAUUAUUGAUACUUUUCUUAUACCAAAAUAACAUAAUGUUUCAUAUCGUUCUAUACAUGUUAUGUAUUUUGUGUUUACGCUGUAAGCAUGACAGUGUAUGUGAUAGAUUUUAUGUCAUGAACUUAUGAAAGAACCUUUGUGAGACUAAAAUAUUAAAUCACAUUCAACUAC